GCAGCCUGAGCCUCCCCAUCCCGGCUCGCCUCAGUGCCCACAAACUGGGCCCCUCCGUCUGUCCCUGGGUGGAGUGAGGGCUGGAAACUUGGGAACGACCUGUGACACCGCACCCGGAGAAAGCGAAAAGCAGAGCGCCUGCUUCUCACCUCUUACUUUUGCUUUCUGCCUUGGCUCAGGGAAGACCAGCUUGAGGGGUGCUCCCGACAAUGAAGACAGUUUGGGGUCUGUUAGCGUUGCUGGGGGCAGUUGCCGUCAUUUUGGUCAUAACUGUUCCAUCGGUUUUGCUGACCAGAAAAAAAGCUGAAAAUGACGAUCGGAAAACCUAUUCCUUGACUGAUUAUGUAAAAAACACUUACACAGUAAAGUCGUAUUCUUUAAGGUGGAUUUCAGAUACUGAAUAUCUGCAUAAAAGAGAAAACAAUAUCAUGGUGUCUGAUGCUGCAUUGGGAACCAGUUAUAUUCUCGUGGAUAACAGCACCAUAGAUCAAUUGGGAUAUGUAGUAACUGAUUAUUAUGUCUCUCCUGACCGGCAAUUUGUGCUUUUUGAAUAUAAUUAUGUUGAGAUUUGGAGGCAUUCCUACACAGCUUCAUAUGACAUAUAUGAUUUAAGUAAGAGAGCGAUGGUUUUAGAUGAGAAAAUUCCUGAUCUCAUACAGCGGAUCUCCUGGUCACCAGUUGGUCACAAACUGGUAUAUGUUUGGAAUAAUGAUAUUUAUAUAAAAAAUGAUCCAUAUUUGCCAAGUUUGAGGAUCACCUAUGAUGGAAAAGAAAAUGUAAUAUUUAAUGGAAUAACUGACUGGGUUUAUGAAGAGGAAAUCUUUAGUGAUUACUCCGCUCUGUGGUGGUCUCCAGACGGCACUUUUCUAGCAUAUGCCCAAUUUAAUGAUACAAAAGUUCCUAUCAUGCAAUACUCCUUCUAUUUUGAUGAAUCAUUUCAGUACCCGAAGACUAUUCAGCUUCCAUAUCCAAAGGCAGGAACAACAAAUCCAACUGUAAAACUAUUUGUCAUCGAUACAACAGCCGUUAAUGAAACUACUAAUGCAACAUCAGUACAGAUUGUAGCUCCUGCUUCUAUGUUAAUAAGUGAUCAUUACUUGUGUGAUGUGACAUGGGUGAAUGCCGAAAGAAUUUCUCUUCAGUGGCUCAGAAGGAUUCAGAAUUAUUCAAUCAUGGAUAUUUGUGACUUUGAGAAAGAUAAUGGAAGAUGGAACUGUCCUGUGGAUCGACAGAAGAUUGAAACGAGUUCUACUGGCUGGGUUGGAAGAUUUAAUCCUGCGGAGCCUCACUUUACAUCAGAUGGUAAUAACUUCUACAGGAUUGUCAGCAAUAAGGAUGGCUAUAAACACAUUUGUCAUUUUAAUGUUACCACAAAAGAAGAAACAUUUAUUACUGAAGGACAAUGGGAAGUAAUUCAGAUAGAAGCCCUCACCGAUGAAUACCUAUACUACAUCAGUAAUGAAUACAAGGGAAUGCCAGGAGGAAGAAACCUUUAUAGAAUUAAUCUUGAUUCAUCUAAAGAUGUGAGGUGCAUUACCUGUGAAUUUAAUCCAGAAAGGUGUCAGUAUUUUUCAGUAUCAUUUAGCCAGGAAGCAAAUUAUUAUCAACUAAGAUGUACAGGUCCUGGCAUUCCCCUUUAUGUUUUGUACAACAGCCGCACUUCUACAGUACUUGAAGUGCAGGAAAACAACACAGAAUUGGAAAAUAUGCUGAAGGAAGUCCAGAUGCCCACAAAAGAAAUCGACUUCCUUACAUUAAAUAAAACAAAAUUUUGGUACCAGAUGAUUCUGCCUCCCCAUUUUGAUAAAUCCAAGAAAUACCCUCUUCUAAUAGAAGUAUACGCAGGACCCUGUAGUCAAAAAGUUGACACUGUCUUCAGACUCAACUGGUCUACUUACCUGGCCAGCACGGAGAAGAUAAUAGUGGCCAGUUUUGAUGGCAGAGGAAGUGGCUAUCAGGGAGAUACUAUCAUGCAUGCAAUUAAUCGAAGAUUGGGAACAUUAGAAGUUGAAGAUCAAAUUGAGGCAGCCAGGCAAUUUUCAAAAAUGGGCUUUGUGGAUGAAAAACGAAUCGCAAUUUGGGGCUGGUCCUAUGGUGGAUACGUGUCCUCAUUGGUCCUAGGAUCAGGCAGUGGCAUCUUCAAGUGCGGAAUAGCUGUAGCUCCUGUAGCAAGAUGGGACUAUUAUGACUCAGUAUACACAGAGCGCUACAUGGGACUUCCAACUCCAGAAGAUAAUCUUGACCAUUAUAAGAAUUCAACAGUCAUGAGCAGAGCUGAAAAUUUUAAACAAGUUGAGUACCUCCUUAUUCAUGGAACAGCAGAUGAUAAUGUUCAUUUUCAGCAGUCAGCCCAGAUCGCCAAAGCCCUCGUGGAGGCCGGCGUGGAUUUCCAGGCAAUGUGGUACACAGAUGAAAAUCAUAGCAUUGGGAGCAACUCAGCACACCAACAUAUAUAUACUCACAUGAGCCACUUCCUAAAACAGUGCUUUUAUCUCUCCUAGCACCCAAGUGUCUCACUCUGUAUUUCUUUUUUAGCUUAUUAAAUAGCUAUUUUUUUCUCAUUACCCAAAACUGCACUGUGUCAGUAUAACUAUCUUGGGGAAAAUAAACUCAAAUCAAGAAA